UCCGAGUAUAUAUAUUGUGGCAGGCGUCACAGUUCCAAGAAACGAGAACACUGAAUCUUCAAAGUUUCCAACAACGCAAAAAAAUUAAUUUGUGUUGAGCGCCAAGUGCCCCAGUAUUUAUUAUUUAUUAGCCUAUCACAGCUUGAGAAUGAGGUCACACAUCCAAAGGGUACCACAGAUAGUCGAACUGUUAAAAAAGAAAACUGUUGGUUUGCAGCACUUCAAGCCAACAUCUUCAGUGUGCGUCCUGGACCCGAAGGAUGCUACAUUGGUUGCGCCUUGUCGACACGGUCUUCCCUCGCAGACUCAGAGCCUUGACUCGAUACCUGGACCCACCAACUGGCCCUUAUUUGGCAGUUUGAUAGAACUACUACGCAAAGGAGGGCUGCAAAGACAACACAAUGCAUUGAUUGAUUACCAUAAGAAAUUCGGUAAGAUUUUCCGGAUGAAACUCGGCUCCUUUGAAUCGGUCCAUAUUGGCGCACCUUGCUUGCUGGAGGCACUCUACAGAAAGGAGAGCGCUUACCCGCAGCGUCUGGAGAUCAAACCCUGGAAAGCAUACCGAGACUUAAGAGACGAGGCAUAUGGACUUCUUAUUCUGGAAGGGGAAGACUGGCAGAGGGUGAGAAGCGCGUUUCAGCAGAAACUGAUGAAACCCACAGAAGUCGCGAAACUUGAUGGAAAAAUAAACCAGGUGUUGGCCGAUUUUGUUAGUAGAAUUGGACAAGUGACUGACAAUGGACAAUUUGAGGACUUGUACUUCGAAUUGAAUAAAUGGUCAAUGGAGACCAUUUGCUUAGUGCUCUACGACAAACGUUUCGGACUUCUGCAUGACAAUGUCAACGAGGAGGCUAUGACCUUUAUCACAUCCAUAAAGACGAUGAUGAGCACAUUUGGCAUGAUGAUGGUCACGCCAGUGGAGCUCCACAAAAAACUGAACACCAAAACAUGGCAGGACCACACCAGAGCAUGGGACCGUAUAUUCAGCACAGCCAAAGUCUACAUAGACAAGAAGAUAAAGCGCCAUGCAGGGGCAACAGGGCCCAGUGACGACUUCCUGUGUGACAUCUACCGCCACAGUCAGCUGUCCAAGAAAGAGCUGUACGCCGCCGUCACAGAGCUCCAGAUCGGAGGAGUGGAGACGACUGCCAACAGCAUGCUGUGGGCUAUUUUCAACCUCUCCCGUAACCCCUGCGUUCAGAGGAAGCUGCUCCAAGAAAUCAGAGAGGUUCUUCCUGCCAGUCAGAGUCCCAGUGCUGAGCACCUCCAGAGAAUGCCCUACAUCAAGGCCUGCCUCAAGGAGUCCAUGAGGUUAUCGCCGUCAGUUCCCUUCACGAGUCGGACCUUAGACAAAGACACUGUGUUGGGGGAUUACUCCAUUCCCAAGGGGACAGUGUUGAUGAUCAACAGCCACGCUCUGGGUGCCAAUGAGGAGUACUUUGACGACAGCAGCCGGUUUAAGCCAGAGCGUUGGCUAAAAGAGAGCAGCACCAUCAACCCCUUUGCCCAUGUGCCGUUUGGUAUUGGGAAGAGGAUGUGCAUUGGGCGGCGUCUGGCAGAGCUACAGCUGCAGUUGGCACUCUGCUGGGUCGUCAGAGAUUAUGAAAUUGUGGCGACAGAUAGUGAACCAGUUGAUACUAUCCAUUCGGGGACGCUAGUUCCCAACCGUGAACUCCCUGUGGCUUUCAUUAGACGAUGAGGCUUCAAAUACAGAUCAUUCAGACCUCACAACAGAAAGAUAAUAGUUCUGGGCCUGAACGUCCAGAGAGACUCCCUAUAUUGCUGCUCUGUAAAUAACAAAGAGAAAAUAUCAGAUAUAAAUAUAUUUUUAUGUAAUCCUGUCACAUAUACCUCAAACUAAUAUAAAUGUAUUUAAACUAUUAACUAUGAGAGUUAGCCUACUUGUUGACCAAUAACUGCACUUUACUGCCCACUAAUCUUAAACAACUGUUCUUAUGUCGAAAAUAUUAAUUAAAUUAUAUGAUGUUUGUAUAUGUUGUGUCUUUGUAUGAUAAAUUAUAUACAGUACAUGUAUAAAGGCUACUUAUGUAUAUUUUGUGUAUAAAUUGCAAUAAUAGUGUCAACAUGAUGUACAUUUAAAACAUUGUAUUUCUUAGAGAGAUUAUAUUCAAAUAAAACUAAAUAUAUUUCAUCCA